AUGGACAACGCCAAACCAUCCGUCCAAAUGGACGAAGGUGACCCCUCCCCAGCGGGUCAUGAACAAAAUCUCAACAACUUCGACUUCCCUUCCCAAACCGAAGAAUGGCGACAAGACUUCGAGAAGAAACUCCUCCGAAAAGUCGACACCCGUCUGAUGCCCACUCUCGUGAUAAUGUACCUCCUCAACUUCCUCGACCGCUCCAACCUCGCUCAAGCCCGACAAGGUUCUCUCGAAGAAGACCUGGGAAUGUCAGGUACAGACUUCAAUCUUGCGACAUCCAUCUUCUUCGUCGGAUACCUACUCAUGCAAUUACCUUCGAACCUGAUUCUCACACGUUUACGGCCGUCGCUGUACCUUAGCGCUUCGUGCUGUCUUUGGGGCGUUGUAUCGACCUGCAAUGCUGCCGCGCAAAGCUUUACACAUCUUGUCGUUAUCCGAUUCUUCCUCGGUUUUGUUGAAGCGCCGUUCUUUCCGGGUGCAGUGUUUCUGAUGAGUUCUUGGUAUACGCGUGCUGAGCUCACGAGAAGAAUCGCGUGGCUUUAUUCCGGAAAUGCGCUUGCGAAUAUGUUUGGCGGUGUUCUUGGAGCGGCUAUUUUGGGCGAUAUGAAUGGCGCGCAUGGAAAAGCAGGUUGGAGAUGGCUGUUCAUCAUCGAGGGUGUCGCGGCCAUUGGCUUCUCUUUAAUCGCCAUGUUCAUCCUUCCCAAUUAUCCCCACACGACAAAAUGGUUGACCGAAGAGGAACGCGCUUUCGCAGCAUGGCGAUUGGCUCAAGACAUCAAUGAAGUCGAUGCUUACGGUGAAAAUACUGUUUGGGAUGGUGUCAAGAUGGCUGUCCGAGAUUAUCGUUUGUACCUCUUUGUGCUUCUCCAGCACGUCAGUCUGAUCUCUCAAACCUUUCAGUAUUUCUUCCCGACAAUUGUGGGGACGCUUGGGUACGGAAAGAUUGUGACGCUAUGGCUUACAGCUCCAGCUUGGUUUGCGACAUUCCUUCUGUCGGUUUGUGUGACGUUGAGUUCGGCCAAAACAAAUGACAGGUCGCUGCACAUUAUUUGCCUUAUGCUCGUCGCAGCAAUUGGUAAUGCAAUCGCGACAGCCACCACAGUAGUCGGAGCACGAUUCUUUGCCAUGUUUCUCAUGCCAAUGGGCGCUGUGUCUUCAUACCAAAUCAUUGUCUCAUGGGUCGCAAAUUCUUUUCCCCGCCCCCUGGUUAAGCGCUCAGCCACCAUUGCCAUCUGCAACAUGAUUGGUAACACAGCGAGUAUUUACGGGUCAUACAUGUACCCCAGCAGCGAUGGUCCACAGUACAUUCCAGGUGGUAGCGCCAACACGGUCAUUUGUGUUCUUGUCGCGUUGCUGGCUCUCAUGCUACGUUAUGUCCACAAAUGGGAGAACAAGAAGCUCGACAAAGCCGAGGCAGAAGCAAAUGCUGCUGCGGAAGAGAGCGGCAAGACUACGGGUUCACAGUUGAGAGAAUCAGGAUUCAGGUACAUUUACUAG